AAGAAGAAAUAGUACAGGAAGAAAAAGUUGGGCAGAGUCGCGCUACAUUUUCUUUGCUAUACCAACUACCGUCAGGUUUAAUACAUGACUGAACUCUUGUGACAUUGAAACUCUGCUCAAAAUACAACUUCCGCAAACAAAACACUUCGCUGCUCAGUAACAGCUCAACAGUUACUGAGAGAAAGAGUCGGCAGAUUGACAGCUAGUUAACUAGCAGCUGUUACAGGCCGAGAGUCGUGGGCCACUAUGGAUUCCUGGGUUCGCUUUAACGCCCAGAGCCAAGCCAAGGAGAAAGUUAUUAGGGCUGCUCAGUAUGCCUGCACGCUGCUGGGCUAUACUCUGCACAAGGGCGGGGCAGCAGCUGAAGUGCGCAAAACCGUCAGUCAGCUGGAAGCACACAUGAGCCUGACAAGAAAAUUGUUGCGUCUGGGAAAUUCUGUGGAGGCACUGGAAGCUGCUAAGAGGAGCAUCCACCUUUCUGACAGCGUGCUGAGGCUCUGCCUGACCAUCAGCCAUCUCAACAGAGCCAUGUACUUUGCCUGUGACAAUGUGUUGUGGACAGGAAAAACAAACCUCAUCUCCAAACUGGACCAGCACAAAUGGAGUGAGAGAUCUUUCCGGUAUUACCUCUUUUCUCUGAUCCUCAACCUGACUCGAGAUGUGUAUGAGCUCUGCCUUCUCAUGGAGAGUGAAGCACGUUACAGAACUGCCAAAUCCUCAUCCUCACUCCAUCCCAGCAGUACUUCACCUGCUGACCAGCUGUCAUCCCCUUCCUCACCUGCCAGUCCAGCCAUUGUGGCUCUGCCUGUCAUGGGGGCUUGGCUCCGCAGACAACUCCAUCUGGUUGUGACAGUACUGUAUAGCAACCCACCACUGCUGUUGGACCUGCUCAAGAACAGCUGCGAUAUCUUUAUCCCGAUGGAUCGGCUGGGGAUUUACUCUACGGGACCAGGUUUUGUCGGGGCCUGCGGCCUGAUCUCCUCUGUCCUCUCUAUCCUCACCGUGGUCUACCCCUGGCUCAAACUCAAGCCAUAAACCCAGAUGUAUAAUGGAGGGGUCCAUCUGAGGGAGUCACAUGGAGGACUGAGGUGGAAAUCUAACAGAGUGAACACACUAAUGGUUCUGUGAUGACAGGAGCUGCUAUACUGUCAUCAUGCUUUGGAAAAAUGUUUGAGCAUUCAGAUUCUUUACAUUUUCUCUGCUGGCAGGUCGUGAGGACUGCUGAACCCCUGAGGGGUUUAUUUACACAUCACAGCUCAUUACUGACUUGCACGUCUGAACUGUCUUAGAUCAGUCCACAGAGUAUGUAAUGCUUCAGACCCCACUGUUCUCUCUCCAGUGUUCUCAUUAUAUCAUGCUCGCAUAAAGUUCAUUCAAGUGAAUUUUCUUUUCAUCAUCUAAGAACCAUUUCAUAACGUAUGUUAUAUCUAGGCAUUUCAUAUAGUAAGAUGAAGACCAACGUUAUGCAGAGAAACCUAGCAUAUUUAAAAUUUCCUUUGGAUUCUUUUUAAACAAGCACUGCAGUGGGAUUAUGACAGCCUUCUACACAUAUGCAUUCAUAUAUCCCAUUGGUCUGUAGUGCAGGAAGAUUAUUGAAAGUACAAAAACAAAUGGUUGUGGGCAGUUCUGUACAACAGGAAAAACACAACAGCUCAUUACAAAAUUAUUUUAAAACCCUUGAUUUCCCUUGACAUAGAAUGGUUGGGCCACUGAAGUCUGUACAGUGCUGCUACUGAGGAAGGAUCCUGCAUCAUCUUUAACUCGGCAUUGUGUAGCAGCACAGGUAGCCCUGGUAAAGUGAUUUGUUGCUAGAUACUGCUAAGACUUGUGGCUCUAUCAGCAAUUCACAGCCCACAGCAGUCAGUGAACAGCUCGAUUUCUAACAGUAAGAAGGAGGCAGGGCUUAGCUGAACUGCUCAGAGCUCCAGCAGCUGUUUGCUGUCACUCCCUCGGACAUUAACCACUAACGGCACGGUGUCGAGCAUCAUAGUGCCAACUGUGUACUGAGCUCGUUUUGGUUUUAGGUUAACAAAAUAAUGUAGACAGUUAUUUAUCAUCUAUCAUAGCCUUGACAAAGACCAGUCACUGGGCAUACGCAAGUAUCAGUAAGUGACAUGUGAUUGUAUGUCUACAAUCUACUUCCGAUGUCAGAGGUCUGUGCUACAAAGCUGGAUUUGAGGUUGUCAGGGUAACUUCAGGUUUAAACCUGGGUUUUUAGGACUAAAAUGGUGGUUUACCGCUUCCUGAGGUAUAUCGCAGUGAUAACUUAUGCUGCACAAUUUAUGUUCAAGUUAACAGAUGAUGUAUGAACACACCAUGUAAAGACCAAUCGGGUCUUGGAAAAUGGCAUCACCCAUUCCUGGUAGAACCUGUGGGGCUCAGUGCAUAAGAUAGUGAUCUUAUGGGAGUUUCUAGAAUCCGUCUUAAUGCUUUUCUUUCCCUGACUAGCAUAGAUAGGAGAGAUUUAGAUUCUCAGUGGAAGGAAAUCCUAAAACACAGCAAAACGUGUGUUUUAGGAUUCCCUUCCACUGACAUUGAAGCAGCACAACAGUUUAAAGGAAUACUCGUGUAUCUAGUUACAUCUACUUGUGGGCCAGUGAUACUGAUAUGAUUAUUAAAUUAGGUAUUUACAAAGCCAAUAUUUUUUGCCAGCUUUCUUUUCUGACUUUGGCUGCAGCAGCUGUGUUGUUUUUAGCCUGUAUUAUAAUUUUAAAAUCCUCUUAAAGAUUUAAGACUAUAGUUUAUUCUUGAGAAAUACAUGUGAACCUUUUGUGAGAACUUGCUUUGUAGUACAGGCCCUUGGCCUCCACACGCUCAUACACACUCAAUAACAAACGUUGUCUUGAUGUUUGAUCACCAUGGAAUUCAGUCCUCAAUGGAAGAAACCUUUCCUGGUCCAAAAGAAACAUGCUUUUUACACCUACCUGCUAUUACCUAGUGAGUCAAUGUUACCAACAUUUCUCCUGAAUGCCACUUCUUGAAUUCUGAAGUGAACUGUCACUAAAUCUUGCACUGAUCUUUGAGGGUUGUGGCGUUCAGGUCUGUUGUCCCUGACACCAACUUGCUGUGAUGUAGUGUUGUGCAAUCUGUGAAGAAUUGUGGAGUUAUGUUUAUUUUAGGAGUGUAAUCAUAAUACAUGAUAAGCUUGCUUGUUCUUAAACUACAGUACUACUGAAAUGACGCCACUUCAAAAUCGCUGUUGCUGACAGGAUGCACCAUUGCUGAGGAGACAUCUUUCUGAUUUUGUUACUAUUUUCAUGUGGAACUACACUGUCUGUUAUUGAUCACAUCCACUGUAAUCGAUUUAAUUUUUUUCAAGGAAUGUUUUUCUUCCUGACAUCACAGCUCUCCACCACUGGAGCCACAUGUUGUUUGCCCAAUUAAUGGUCAGUGCUUUAUGUGAAGAAGGGCCUCAGAACAUUCUGACUCUACAGCACAUUGAAGUGGGAGUGAGCAUCAAACAUACAUACCCUGAUUUUUCCAGCUCACUGCUAAUGUGAGGUGGAAGGAGAUUUAGGAAUGCUGCCUGAUGAUCACAAUGUGAAUCUUUACAAGGGUCAUUCCAGAAUUGGAGGACAUUUGGGCUUCAAAAUUUUUGAAAAAUAUACUUUCCCUUUUACAAUUUUCUGCUACUUAUUCAUCAAUAAUAGUUAAUAAACUAUCAAAGGCUUGAUUAGCUCAGCUUACACAUAUUGUUACAAUUUUUAUUAUUUGUUGUUUGCUAAUCCUACUCUAAUCACAGUAAUAGGGUUGCAUUUUAAUUGUAUUAUUUGAGAUUCAAUUUGGACAUCGGGGGGUGGGACAAGAGAAAGUGGCAUUUAAGGGGGAAUUUUGGACUUAUUUGGCAUUUUAAAAAAUACUUUUUUUUUUAAAGAUUUCGUCUCAGGACAAGUACAUUUACACAACAACUGCAUGUUUUAGUAUUUUGUACAGGGAUUAUUUAAAAUUUGAUGGGUGGGAUGUAAAAUGUCCUCCAGUUCUGGAAUGACCAUAACUUUUACUAGCAGCCCUUUGAUAAUAAUGAAUGGAUAAUAAAUGUUGGUUGGAGUAUGUUAA